ACGACAUCCCAAGAGCCUGAGUGAAACGGUAGCAGUAGUAAAAGCGUUUCUUCGUCAAACAACGGACUGGUACCACGGUUUAUCUCACGAGGGCACACGUACCGGGCUGUCGUCGGAGAUACGUUGGUGCUUCCGUGUGAAGUUGAAAAUCUAGGUACACUGGUUCUUCUGUGGCGACGAGGAGCCAACGUACUAACGGCAUCUCAGUUGAUGGUGACACGGGACGAACGGAUACGACUGGUAAAUGGUUACAAUCUGGAAAUUUCCGAACUGGAACCACAGGACGCUGGUGACUACGUGUGUCAAAUCAGCGACAAGAUCAACAAGGACCAGGUGCACACCGUAGAAAUUCUCGUACCUCCCAGCGUAAGAGUGAUACCACCCAGUGGGCAGUUGACGGCCCGCAAAGGCGGUGUGGUUACACUAGAAUGCAAAGCUUCCGGAAAUCCAGUGCCGUCCAUUUACUGGGCUAAACGGGGUAGUCCCGCAAAAGUCGCUACCAAAAUUGGGGAAGGUCCCAUCCUGACUUUGGAACGAGUAGAGCGACAAGCGGCGGGCGUGUAUCAGUGCACGGCAGAUAACAAUGUUGGUGAUCCGGUGACAGUGGAUAUGCGGCUCGACGUGCUGUAUCCACCCGACAUCAGUGUGGAUAAGUCUUGGAUUCACUCUGGAGAAGGAUUUGAGGCACAGCUUGAGUGCAUUGUCCAUGCAGAUCCGCAACCAACGGUUUCAUGGUACCAGAACUCAUUUCCGAUUCAGCCGACCGACAGGCGGACCAUGUCAUCGAGAGGAAAUCGACAUACGCUCUCCAUCCGCCAUGUGCAGCAGGAAGACUUUGGCAACUAUAGCUGCGUGGCGGAUAACACCCUUGGACGGUCCAAAAAAUACAUGGAGGUAUCCGGUCGACCGGGACCGGCCGAUUUUUUGUCGCCUCCGUGGAGCCGAUCUAUCGACAGCUACAAUCUGACAUGGAAAGUGGAGAGCUACCCUCCACUCGUGGAAGUUCGACUACUGUAUCGGAAACUUAUGAUGAAUGAAACAUUCCAACAACCAGGCCGAUGGCACGAUGUAAUCCUCACACCAUCAGCGCGUCCUAUUACGGAGCCCCUAACACACGUAAUGGCUUUCACACUUCGCGGACUGCAGCCUAGUUCUGUGUACGAGGCAAUCGUACAAGCGAAGAACCGCUACGGAUGGAACGAGGUCAGCGAUAUCUUUCAGUUCUACACGCAACGAAUAUCGUCCGAUGUUCAUUCCGAGGAAAUGCAGGUAGCCAGCUCGACAUCUCGAAGUGGCUCGACCUCACUACAUCGCAAUUGUCAGCAAUUCAGCAGUUUGUACUUAAUUGUUGCCACCAUUUGUUGGCUUCUAGUAUUAAGCUGUAGACUACAACGAAACCUCUAAAGUUUAAGCAUCUAGGUAUAAUGCAUCGGAGAGCAGGAUAGCCCACCCCUCACAUAGAGAUUUCUCCUCAAACAACCCGUGUUCUAUUUGUACAUUGUCACCCAAUAUUUUCCUGUACUUUUACAUAAUUUUAAUUUAUGUUAUUGAUACGAAUCAGCAGGCAUGCGUAACUUUAAUGAAAGCUUAAUUCUGUAGCUUUCGAAAUUCGAUCUAUCUCUGAAUCUACAGCUUAUAACUUCAAAACAAACCGUUAUUCAACGAAUCAAAACUAAUUAAAAAGAGGAAAGAAAGACUACAAUCCCAGCAUGGGAAAAACACGAAUCUAGCUGUUGUAUGUAUAAGAUAGGUGAAUGGACUAGCAGCAAUCGUUUUCGUUUUUCUACAUUCAACACUAGAUCAGAUCGACGUAAAACACAAAUGUACAUUAAUACGGAGCCUCUAUCGUGAGUCAGUCUCGAUGAGCAUUCCAGAAGUCAGUGAAAAUUUGAAAUAAUUUGCACCAGUCCCAAAAUCAUCCACACCGAAAAACUAACAUAACAGUUUAUGAAACAUUUCAACACACCAACCAUGUAUUCGCAAGUAGUUUAGCGAUAAAAUAAAAUGCUCAGUCCAUCGUUGUCCAGUCACAUUGGUAAGGUAGAAUUUUAUGAUUUGAGAUUUUUGUCUUACUUUUCGAAAUUAUGAUAAAGUUUUGAUUUUAAAUGAUCUUUCGACAUGCCUCCAACUUGUGUGCAGAAUGCAAGAAAAUUUGCCAAAAAGACAUGUGAAUAUUACCGUGUAUGAUGUUUUCUUUCUCGAGAUUAAUUUCCAUAUUGCUAAUAAGGUCGAUAUAGUAAAUUAUUUGAAAGACGCUGUUCAGUAGAAUCACUGAAUAUCAAGUAAGUAAGUCUGUAUAUGUGUAAAUGUGAGUAUGUUUCUUUUUAAAUUAAUGCAAAACGAAAUAAGAAAAAGGACUGAUGGUAUGUAACAAAUAAAAACAAAAAAAAAGGAAUCCAUUAACAAAGUUUGACCGUUUCGUUCGCUUAUUGAUUUGAAUCUGUGAUUUGAUUAGCUGUUCCAUUUGUUAAAACAUUUUUGUUUUCCUAUUAUUCUUUAAACUUUUCAUUUUGUUUACACUCAAGCUUCACAAUUCCUUCGGCUCUACGGUCUCCGUAUAAAAAUUCCUAAAUUUUAGCACCAUAAAGACACACUCUGUGUUUAAACUGAAGGUGCACUCUUGAGUGCUCUCAAGUUCACCUUCAGUGAAAACACAGCGUGGGGCUCUAUCGUUCGGAAAUUUUGAAUUUUGAUAGGGAGAUCAAAAGCACCAAACCAUCUAUUUUAAGAUGGGUUGACUGAAAAUUCAAUUGAAUUUAAGCGAAGACAACAUAUCAAGAAGACUGGCAACUCUUCCAUUUUCUCAUAAGACCGCUAUGAGACCGACACAAUCGCGUCAUAUGCCGCGCAAAGGUAAAUGCUUCGAACGAAUUUGAUAGCAAAGAUUUCAACCUCAGAAGAAAAGGUUUCUGUAUUUGCUCAUUUGUCUAUGCAGUACUUCCACCUUCGCUCGAGCGCAGUGCUACUGUAUCUGUCGCUUGAAUUCUGUCAGAGUCGGUAGUCUUCUUGAUUUGAUGUCUUUGAUUUAAGGCAAGCAUUUUAUGUUUAAAAGUAAUGAAAAAGUCCCACAAAAGCGAUCCAGACAGAGUUGACGCGAGUAAUACGCUGAGAUGUUGAUGGCGGGUUGGUCGUCAAAACUUGAAAAAUUAUGCGAAGUGCACAGCAAAUUUCUUAAAUUGUGUUUGGUACUGUUUUUGCUGAACUCGUUCUGUAAAAUCAAAUUUUUACCAAUAGUUUUGUGAAAUGUUUUAUUUUACCUACUUUCCUCACUGAAAAAUGCUGAAUUCUAUAAAUUGCUGCACUUUGGAAAUACUGCAAAAAGUGUGACGAACGUACUGUAAAUAUAGCCUUUUACCAAAACAAACGGUAGUCAAGUGCGAGGGGGACGACUCUAUCUACGAUGCAGAAAAGAUUGUGUUUUGCUGUGGCUAGCUGCGCGCACGCUGAGUAGAUAGAAAGAAGAUUGAUGACGAUUCUGAAGAUUUCCUGCAAAAAGAUGAUGCUUGAUGCAAGUAGAUGCGAGAAAUGAAAAAAGAUUUGUCGAAGCUUGAUUCGCUAGUGUGAGAUUUGUUGAGCAUCUAGACUUGAGAUUUAGAUGUGUCACCCCCCUCAGUCAAGUGCCAGAUUCUUGUAAAAAUUACCGAACAGAUAUGUUGAGCGGCUGUUUGUAUUUUAUUACCGAAAUAGGACGACUAUUUUCAACGCCAUGAGUGCUGCCAGAUUUAUGUAUUUGCGCUACCCAUGAUGGAUUAUUCCGUGUAGAAAGAUUACCCGAGCAAAGACUAGCAUCAAAAUGACAGAAAAUCGAAAUAAAAAUUUGUAUAUUUAUCAACAUCUAACUGAAAUCAUAAUUUGAUUUACGCGAUUGAUAAAUUAGAUAAAUUUUAAACGUACACGAUUGAUUAAUUUGAUAACAAGUUUUGUUUUCGUUUGCUGUAAAUGUGUUCUUCAAAAAUAUGUUGUUGCGGUUUUGUUUUCAUUUCUUUAACAGAACAUCAAAUUGAAUACUUGUUUUGUUAUCAACAGGAAAAAUGUAAAUCAAAUUGAUUUUUCAGUUUGCUCCCACUGAUAGCAGAAUUAAUGUUUAAUGUGAUGUCACAGGAAGUUUUUUUUUUUUGCUCUCAAUUUUGAUAUUUUAGCCGUUAAAACGACCAAAACGACAGCAACCUGAGUAAUCAGCAACAUCACAACAUCAAAUUUAAUUUUCAAUUUGAUCUCAGGUUUUGCUCGGGUAGCGACUUGUGGCAGUGCUGGUGAAUUAUUUUCCGUUAAAGAUCAUUAAUUAAUUAAUUUAUCUUUAUGAGGGAGGCUUUCAGCCUGAGGCUGGUUCGCCUCCAAAUCGUUAGAGAUCAUGAAAGUUCACUAUUUUACCAAAAGAAAUGCCAAAACAAAUUGCGAACGAAUUUCGCCCUAUUUCAUAUUACCGGAUUUCCUAUGCAACCGGAUUUCCUAUGCAUGCAAUCAAUCUUUGAUGUGAAUUUCUCGAAUAAACGCGAUGAGCAUUUCUUAUAGCACAAACUUGCCAUACGAAUUGAACUCUUCGUUCGUUUUCGUAAACAAACACUUGUGCUACACUCUUCAUACAUAAACAUUGUUACCACAGUAAAUUUCCAUGCAUCAGGAGAGACUCCCUCCGAAAGGUUAAGUAAACAACUAACAGGUACAGCAAGUACAUUGGUACAUCGUUUGACAAACGCAGGAAGAAGCUUGUUUGGCCCAUGAUCCAUAGGCGAAUCGUUAGAUCUCAUGGCGUAACACUAGUGAGUGGAAUACCUUCGAGCCGCUCUAUUCGAUGGAUAGCAGUAAUACCAUCCAAUAAUCCCAACCCACACUCAAAACUGUGAACAACAACCACUGUCGCUUCUGCCACGUCAUAUUGGAAAAUGCUGAAAACAAGUUUUGUCUCUCGACACUCACAGUGCUGUCUUUCUUUAAACCCCUUGAUACAUCGCGAUGGGAAGAACAGUUCUGUCUUUUAGCGCUCAAGCGCUUGCACUCAUAAUCUUUUGCUUUUUUUUUUGCAUACCCAACCGAAUUAUUUUCUACGUCAGCCGCCUUUUGAAAGCUACGCUUUGGAAGCAAAUUUUCUCCGAUAUGCCUGUUGUUGAACAGAACAUCAAAACAAAAUUAUGAUAACAAUUUUAGAAUAACAUCGAUUUGAAAACUUCACCAGAUAUGUUUGGGCUGUUGAGAGUGGAAUAAUAAUUUAAUGUAUCUGCAGCGAAUUAAUUGACUAAAAUUUAUUGAUCUUAUAUCAUUUGAAGCAUUGCAGUACUUUGAUAGCGAUGGAAACGAUCAGACUUUGGAGAAGCUUUGUUUUAAAAUGACUGCUCACUGAUUUUUCGUGUUUUGUAAAUACUCGUCAUUUAGAGCUAAAUGAUAUCUUUUUAUCACAAACCUAUGCAAUGUUUCAUGAAAAUGUCUGUAAAUAGUUUCAUUUUUCAGAACCUUAGAACAUUAAGAACUCACAUAAAAAUACCGAUUCGUUGGAACUUCAAAAACAGAAAAUAAAUUUGAAUCAGCAAAAAGAAUACUCGUGUCACUGCUUGUUUUCUGCUUUGAUCUCGUCAGAUAUCCUAAAAAUUGUUCCACCUAUCAAAAUGUGAUUCUCGUGUAAGGAAAUUUCUCAUCAUUAUUUGUUUUAAUUCAGAUUCGUAGAGUCAUAUGCAAAGUGACCAUUUAGGAUUUUUUUUUUUUAUCGAAAUGAUCACCUUGCAUGUGACUCUAGAGCAGUUCCACACCAUAAGGCGAAUCUAUCAGAUGUGAACCUCUUAAAUUGGCGUGAAAAUUUGCACAAUUGUUUGUUAUGGUCAAUCAUUUACAUUUUUGCUAAAAUUCGGCCAACUUGAAUCAUGCCAAAAUUUGCAAAAUGACCUAUUCGACAUGGUUCAACAAACUCGAAAACGUCA